AUGGACAAUUCGCCACAGAGAAAGGAUAAAUCGGACCGCUCUCGAAAUAAUCGGCGGAGAAGAAAGAGAAGAAGAACAGAAGAUUUCUCGUCAGAUUCAGAUUCUUCGUCGCAGUCUUCCUCGUCAGAGAGUGACUCACAUAAUGAAUCACAUAACGAAACACAUCAGCAAGUAGAAAUUAGUAAAGACGACAUACAAGACAUAGAUUUAGACGCAAAACCUGAAAAUAAAUCAUUGGUUCCAGAGCCUUUGAGUGAAGACACUUUAGCCAUGGUCUCUAGCAUUAAAUUUACAAACACAGCAUUAUCUAACAGAAGAUCUAUAAAAGAAGCAAUAGACGAGAAUACUGUUAGUGAUGGUAUAAACAACGAUAGAGAGGAAUUAAAUAACCAGUAUUUGAAAUUAAUGGCCUCAAGCUUCGAAAAUGACUUAGACGAACUAAGAAAGAGACCAGAUUUUACUGAUAAAUCUUUAAUAUUAUUAGCAAAAGCAUUACAAUCCGGUGGUAAUAUGUUUGAUCCGACAACAUUGGAUUCCAUAAUCAAUAAAUGA